GGCCCCGCCCCCUUAUCACACCUCCCUUUAGUUUCUGUGAUCUGUGGAACAUAGCGACAGGAGAAAUAGGAAACAACACGAAUGGCUGAUCUUUAAUUAUUCUACUAUUCUCUAAUACAGAAAACCUGUAACCAUACCACUUCAAAUAUGGCUUUAUUGUAAACUAACAUAAACAGUGCUAAUAGUGACCCAAGAACCAAUGAAAAAUAACGCAUAAUGCUGCAACGCUUCCGCGAGGCGGCGCACGAGGCUCGCGCGCGCUCGCGAGCGCAGUCGGUGACGUCACUCAAGCGCUCGCGAGCGGAGACCGAGCCUGAUGCUGCUUACGACGCCACGCAUUACUUUGUGGACGACGUCGCUGACCCGUGGGCUACUGGAGAUGCCCUCGAACGCGAACGCCUCUCGCAGCACGCGGCGCUUCGGGAGCUGGUCUCGAGAGGAGAUGUGCAGGGGCUGAAGACUCGUCUGGCAACCUUGGGCAACAACGCGGGGCUGAUUGUCAAUCUGACGCCGGGCGGCGCCAACACGCUGCUAUAUGUAGCGUCAGAAGCGGGCCACACAGCCGUGGUGGCGGCGUUACUAGAAGCAGGAGCGGACGGGCGAGCGCACCCGGUCACGCGCUACGGGCCUCUGUAUGCGUCCGCCUACCACGGCCACCUGGACAUUGCCAAGUUGCUGUUACAGCACUUCCCUCGCGCUGCACAGCAAGAGACGGUGGAGAAAUGGCUGCCGCUGCACGCGGCGUGCAUCGGAGCGCACGCGCCGCUGGUCGCGCUGCUGUUGGAACAUCCUUACCCUGAGGACGUGCUUAAUACUUACACCGAUGAAAGCGGCAAGUGGCAGUACAAAGCUGCGUUCGACGUGAACGCAUCCGACGUCAGCGGACAGACGGCUCUCUACAUCGCCUGCUCGCUCGGGAGCAUGCCUGUGGUAGAAGUGCUGCUGAACUAUAGCGUGGCGUGCGAGCCAGUGCCGCCUGCCGACGCUGCUGCUACGAGCCCGCCGGCGCCGGCGGUGGAGGCGGCUCGGGUGCUGUCGCCGCAGCGCGGCAUCUCGCUCGGCAUCCACGCCAUCGUCACCAAGCUCACCGGCGGCGGCAGCAAGCAGCACAUCAUUAUGGUUAUCUCGAUCACCUGCGCGCGCGCCGACUGUGACUCGCUUCGCUAG